UCAUGCGUCCAUGACAGUGAUGACGUAUAAUUCAUGCGCCGGAUAUGUUUUUCCAAAGACUUCACUCAACGCUGAUGUGUAACAAGAAGUGAUAUUGCAGCGUCUUUUCUGUGAUUGUUUUUGGCUACAACAAGACAAAGGAAGCGGAGGUGUCUUAUAAGUGUCACAGAAGACACUUUGGAAGCGACCAGAAGUAUCUCUCUGACUGCCAAUGGCGCCCAAAGGUAAAGUUGGCACCAAAGGAAAGAAGCAGAUUUUCGAGGAGAACGAGGCUACCCUAAAGUUCUACACAAGAGUUAUCCUCGGUGCUAAUGCCAUAUAUGCUGUUGUAAACCUUUUGAUCUUCUACAAUUCAUCUUCUUUUUGGACAUGGCUCUUAUUAGCAUUAGUGCUAGCAGUUUAUGUGGGGAGUUACCGCUCCAUGUCCGCCAUGGCCAAACCAGUGUUUGCUGACGAUGGAAGCCUGCUGGACGGAGGAAUAGAUUUAAACAUGGAGCAAGGAAUGGCAGAGCACCUGAAGGAUGUUAUUCUUCUCACAGCCAUCGUCCAAGUGCUCAGCUCCAUCUCUUCUUAUUUUUGGUAUCUCUGGCUGCUGGCCCCAUUUCGCGCGCUUCACCUGCUCUGGGUGAACUUCCUGGGCCCCUGGUUCUCGGCAGAUAGCCCGUCGGCACCGGAGGAGGUGAACGAGAAGAAGCAGAGAAGACAAGAGCGUCGACAGAUGAAGAGAUUCUGACGGUGCAGAGCAGACACAGCAGUAUUUUUAUACACACCAUUCAGUUACUAGGCAAUACGUUAUUGCAAAGAAGACAUUUUGUUAUCGGAUUAACACAAUCAUGAUUGUUUCUUCCAGAAUUCUAUCAAAUUAGGAUUUAAGACAAAUUUGACCUCAGGUAACGGUGUCCCAUUUCACUAAGUGCUGCACUAAGACAUCCAUCCAAUAUUGAUCACACUGAUUGAAAAGUCAUAUUAUGCUGCAUCCUUUUUUAAUUAAACAUAUUGUCAUUAUA